AGGGUGCAAAGUGCGAUUAAACCAUUAAUGAUGUUGCAUCACUAAAUUGUACACUUUGACAAAGAAAAUACAGAAGGUCAAACUUGAAUAUUUCGAACCGGGUCAGUUUCAUUCGGGUCAUAGAUAAAUUUCAAUCGGGUUCACCAUUGUCGAAUCGGGUCACCCUAACAAAUGGGUCAAUUCGGGCAACUCGGGCGGGACCUCCGAUUUUAAAACUCAGCUCACUCUUCUCCGAUUUAUACCCCUCCAUUAAUUUAUCCAUUUUUUUUUUAAAUUCUGGAUUUAGUUUCUUCUCUCACACACACUCAGUGUAUUUCAAUUCAACAGCACACACACAGACACUGAGUACAAUACUACCGCACAAAUUUAUAGUUGGAAUCAACGUUCGCCGUCGCCGGCGGUGUUAGAUCCGUUGAUUAUUCACUUGAAUCAGUUUGCAAUUCGAUUCAUUCAUUUGUACUGAAAAGUUUCCGAUUAGGUCUGCGAAGAAUUCAAUUCCAUGAAGAUCUACUAGGGCGGGCGCUAAUUUACAAAACCCUAGGGUUUGGUGAUUAACUUCGAUAAUGCAAGGCUCAUCGGGCUCGGCGGCGCAGCCCGACGCAAUAUUGGAAUGGCUUCAGAAGGAAAUGGGUUACAGGCCUCUCGGCCCGUACGCAUCGUCCGCUAAGGCCUCUGCGCCCACUGCGGAAUCUCUCCGCAAAAUUUGCCGUGGGAACAUGAUUCCGGUGUGGAGUUUUUUGCUGAAGCGGGUGAAGUCGGAGAAGACGGUGGAGAAUAUUCGGAGGAAUAUUCUCGUUCAUGGUGCGGACGACGGUGAUAAAGUGAGGAGAAAGGGCAAAUCUGGAGUGGGCAAGGAAGAGAGUAGCAGCGCUAGUACCAGGGAGAUGGCAUUGCAAGAGAGAGAGUCGGCGGAGAAGGAAGUGGAGAGGUUGAGGCAGAUUGUGAGGCGGCAGCGCAAGGAGUUGAAGGCUAGGAUGAUCGAGGUCUCGAGGGAGGAGGCCGAGCGUAAGCGUAUGCUCGACGAGCGGUCAAAUUACAGGCACAAGCAGGUGAUGUUGGAAGCUUAUGACCAACAGUGUGAUGAAGCAGCAAAAAUAUUUGCUGAGUACCAUAAACGCCUUCGGUACUAUGUAAACCAAGCUAGGGAUUCUCAGAGGUGUAGCGUUGACUCCUCUAUUGAAAUGGUGACUAGCUUUCCAGCAAAUAAUGAGAAGGAUUUGUAUUCAACAGUCAAAGGCAACAAACCUGCGGAUGAUGUCAUUCUGAUCGAGACAACAAAAGAAAGAAAUAUCCGGAAAGUGUGUGAAUCUCUUGCGUCGCAGAUGUCCGAAAAAAUUUGUAGCUCAUUUCCAGCUUAUGAAGGAAGUGGAAUCCAUGCAAAUCCUCAAUUGGAAGCCGCAAAAUUAGGCAUUGAUAUUGAUGGCGAUUUACCUACUGAAAUUAAAGAAUUGAUUGCUGAUUGUCUGAAAAGUCCGCCUCACUUACUGCAAGCAAUCACUUCAUACACCCAACGGUUAAAAAUUCUGAUCACUAAGGAAAUAGAAAAAAUCGAUGUAAGAGCUGAUGCAGAAGCAUUAAGGUACAAGUAUGAGAACGACAGAAUAAUUGAGGCUUCUUCUAUGGACAUAAGCUCACCAUUGCAGUAUCAUCUUUAUGGUAAUGGAAAGAUCGGAGGUGAUGCUCCUCCAAGAGGGACUGAAAAUCAACUUCUAGAGAGACAGAAAGCACACGUACAACAAUUCUUGGCCACCGAAGAUGCACUGAAUAAAGCUGCAGAAGCUAGAAAUAUGAGUCAACUGCUCUUGAAACGUCUCCAUGGAAGUGGUGAUGCAGUUUCCUCCCACUCUCUUGUCACUGCAGGAACAUCACAGAAUAUGAGCAGCCUGAGACAACUUGAGUUAGAGGUUUGGGCCAAGGAAAGAGAGGCUGCUGGAUUGCGUGCUAGCCUGAAUACACUGAUGUUGGAAGUACAUCGCUUGGAUAAAUUAUGUGCUGAGAGGAAGGAAGCUGAAAAUUCUUUAAGAAAGAAGUGGAAGAAGAUUGAAGAGUUUGAUGCUCGCAGAUCUGAGUUGGAAUCAAUCUACAAAGCGUUACUGAAGGCAAACAUGGAUGCUGCUUCUUUUUGGAAUCAGCAGCCGUUAGCUGCAAGGGAGUAUGCAUCAAGCACUAUACUUCCUGCAUGCAACGUUGUCGUGGACUUAUCAAACGAUGCACAUGAUCUGAUUGAUAAGGAAGUUGCAGCCUUCUAUCGAACUCCUGAUAAUAGCAUUUACAUGCUUCCGUCAACUCCUCAGGCACUUUUAGAGUCAAUGAGUACAAAUGGCUCUUCAGGCCCCGAAGCAGUUGCUAAUGCUGAGAGGACUGCGUCUGUGCUUACAGCUAGAGCUGGUGCAAGAGAUCCUUCUGCUAUUCCUUCUAUAUGCCGCAUUUCUGCUGCCCUUCAGUAUCCCGCUGGUUUAGAUGGUUUGGAUACUGGUUUAGCAUCCGUUCUGGAGUCCAUGGAGUUUUGUUUAAAGCUUCGUGGUUCUGAGGCUUGUGUAUUGGAAGACUUGGCAAAGGCAAUUAAUUUGGUUCAUGUUCGAAGGAACCUUGUAGAGAGUGGUCAUGCUUUGCUAAAUCAUGCUCAUCGUGCACAGCAAGAAUACGAUAGGACAACAAUCUACUGCCUGAAUUUGGCAGCUGAACAAGAGAAAACCGUUACAGAAAAAUGGAUACCUGAACUAAGCAAUGCAAUUUUAAAUGCUCAAAAAUGUCUCGAAGACUGCAAAUACGUCAGAGGCUUGCUUGACGAGUGGUGGGAACAACCAGCAGCUACAGUGGUUGAUUGGGUUGCUGUCGAUGGAGAAAACGUAGCUGUGUGGCAAAAUCACGUGAAGCAGCUUCUAGCAUUUUAUGAAUAAUAGUGAAUAUACUACAACACCGAAUGAAAUUCUGCCAUUUGCUCCAAUUGUUUUCCACUUCCCAUGCUGGUAUUAUUCACUACACAAUUCGAAUUGGAGACUUGAUCAUAUAAAUUAGCAGCGUCGGGCGAUUGUGGAUAUGUUUUUCUUUUUUUUUUUUUUACUGAAGAAGGGAGGAAAAGGAUGUGUGUACAGUUAGGUUGUUUGUAAUAGACUGAAAUGUGAAACGUAUUUGAUUGAUUUUACGAUUUUCUUGUAAGGAUGGUUCUUCUUUGUAGAUGGAAGAAUCUCUUCGAUUAUUUUAGUUUUCCCGAGUUAGCUGAUUUUCGAGGUUUGAUUGUUGCAAUCGGCACUAGUGUGGUCUUAUUCUCCUAUGUACUAUAAUACUAUAUAGUAAUGUUAUCUUUGUGACUCGUGA